AUGGAAUCCCAGCGUCCGCCGGUGCCAUGUUCGGCCACAUCCCCCCAGCAGAGCCAACCCCAGCGCCAGCUCUCGACGAACGCUUCAUCCGACGAAUACAACUACGCAUACAACGAGAAAGAGCCAUAUCAGCGACAGCACAGCAUCCGAACAGACCGUCAUAGCAAGUCGAGUUUUGGCCGUGGCCAUGAUUCUGUCAUCUCGUCGCACCCAUUCUCGCCAAAGGCCUCCUCUGCGCCAAGCCCAACCAGCAGCAUCUCCUCGAUAGGUCAACAACGCAACUCAACACCCGAGAUCCGAUAUUCCAGAUCGGACAUAGAACAAAACAACAUACAAUAUCCCCAACAAGCGCAUCUUGAUCCUGAGAAGCAUGGCUACGGUUCGUCGCACGACGGCCGAUCUCCGAACCGCGCGUCUGCGGCAAGACUGGACAGCGACGCGAUCGUCUACGACAAAGGCGCAUUCCAUGAGAAAGGUCCAGAAGAAAAAGCAUGGCAGUUGUUGUUUUGGCUCUGCGGCCCAUGUGCCUUUCUCUCCGGCGCCAUCGCUCUCUGGACCAUCCUCGCUCUCCUGAUCUCGAUCGUACUAGCCCCCCUGCGAUUCUGCACUACCCGCCCACCAUUUUCGGCACAAAUCACCGCCUUCCUCGCACCAGCGCUGAACCUUCAACUACACUUGGUCUAUUCCCACGACUCAACAACCGGCUACAGCGCGCCCAUGCUCGUCGUCGUCCAUCUCUUUUCGCCAGUCGUUGCAUUUGGUGUCGCGAUAGCUGCAUGGACGGCGGCUGGAUUCUGGUUUUUCUCGUCCAUCUUAGGAGACCCUGGAGGUCACGACGGGCACAACGAUGGUAAAGAGACUAUCGUCAGUGUGCGGAACUGGUGGGAACGAUGGCUCUCGAGGGGACUACGCGAGACCAAUGUUUGA